UACAGUCCUCCCUACCAGUCUUCGGCUUUUAAUCCAUUCCUCCCAACAAAUAUUUUUCAAAAUCUUUUGAGUUCCAUGAUCUACUCUGUUUUGGGCAUCUUGUUACCAUGAUGGGUCAGCAGGUUAAGAACCCAAAAUCAAAUUGGGCACGUGGAUGUGUAUUUUGUGUUUUUUAAUAGUGUUCUUUAAUGUUCAGGAAGAGUUUGGAGAAGGUGGGAAUCUGUAUGCUUUGGCCACCAUGUCUGGAAUUGGCAAUAAACGAACAGCUGGAGAGCCUGGCCCUUCUGCACCUCCAGAGAAGAAGGCAGGGGUUGAAGAUUCAGGCACCACUGUGGAGACCAUUAAACUUGGUGGCGUUUCUUCAACGGAGGAGCUGGACAUCCGGACCCUGCAGACCAAGAACCGGAAGCUUGCAGAGAUGCUUGACCAGCGGCAGGCCAUUGAAGAUGAGCUGCGGGAGCACAUUGAGAAGCUGGAGCGUCGGCAGGCCACCGACGAUGCCUCUCUGCUGAUCAUCAAUCGAUACUGGAAUCAGUUUGAUGAAAAUAUCCGCAUCAUCCUUAAACGCUUUGACCUGGACCAAGGCCUUGGAGACCUUUUGUCUGAAAGAAAAGCACUGGUGGUGCCAGAACCUGAACCAGACUCUGACAGUAAUCAGGAGCGCAAAGAUGAGAGGGAACGAGGGGAAGGACUGGAGCCAGCAUUCUCCUUCCUGGCCACUCUAGCCAGCAGUACCAGUGAGGAGAUAGAAUCUCAGCUGCAGGAGCGUGUGGAGUCCUCCCGCCGUGCUGUUGCCCAAAUAGUGACAAUGUAUGACAAGCUGCAGGAGAAGGUGGAUGUGCUGUCUCACAAGCUGAACAGUGGAGAUAUUUCACUGAUGGAAGAAGCAGUAGUGGAGCUGAACUCCUACCUGUCACAUGAGAAUGGACGGCUGCAGGAACUGGCUGAUGUUCUUCAGGAGAAGCACAGAGUCAUGUCUCAAGAGUUCUCCAAGCUGCAAGAGAGAGUGGAGACAGCAGAAUCCCGGGUGUCUGUCCUGGAGACCAUGAUUGAUGACCUUCAGUGGGACAUUGACAAGAUCCGCAAGAGGGAGCAGAGGCUCAACCGGCACCUGGCCGACGUCCUGGAGCGAGUAAAUUCCAAAGGCUACAAGGUGUAUGGAGCUGGUAGCAGCCUCUAUGGGGGAACAAUUACCAUUAAUGCCCGCAAGUUUGAGGAGAUGAAUGCAGAGCUGGAAGAGAAUAAAGAGCUUGCUGGGAAUCGCCUUAAUGAAUUGGAGGAACUACGUCAGGAUCUUGAGGAAGUAACAACACAGAAUGAAAAGCUCAAGGUUGAGCUGCGACGAGCAGUGGAAGAGGCUGUGAAGGAGACUCCAGAAUAUCGCUGCAUGCAGUCCCAGUUCUCUGUUUUGUAUAACGAGAGUCUCCAGCUGAAGGCACACCUUGACGAGGCCCGCACGCUGCUCCAUGGCACCCGCGCCACACACCAGCGCCAGGUGGAGCUGAUUGAGAGGGAUGAGGUCAGCCUUCACAAGAAGCUACGCACUGAAGUGAUUCAGCUGGAGGACACCCUGGCACAAGUCCGCAAAGAAUAUGAGAUGUUGAGGAUAGAGUUUGAACAGACACUUGCUGCCAAUGAGCAAGCAGGCCCAAUUAAUCGGGAGAUGCGUCACCUCAUCAGCAGCCUCCAGAAUCACAACCACCAGCUGAAGGGAGAGGUGUUGAGAUACAAGCGCAAACUGAGAGAGGCCCAGUCUGACCUGAGCAAGAUCCGCUCUCGCAGUGGCAGUGCCCUCCUCCAGUCCCAGUCCAGCACCGAAGACUCAAAGGAGGAACCUGCAGAGAUCAAGCAGGAGCCUGAUGAUCCUUCUGCCCAAGUGUCUGUUGCCAAGGCUGGUUCUGAAGAUGUUAAUGAAAUGAAGGCCAGGCGAGAUGAAGAGGAACGGGAGCGGGAGAGACGGGAAAGGGAGAGGGAGCGAGAGAAGGAAAAGGAGAAGGAGAAAGAGAGAGAACGAGAAAAAGAGAAAGAGAAGGAAAAGGAACGAGAGCGAGAAAAGCAGAAGCAGAAGGAAUCUGAGAAAGAGAGAGAGUCCAAAGAGAAGGAGAAAGGGAAGCAUGAAGAUGGAAGAAAGAAGGAGGCUGAGGUGAUCAAGCAGCUGAAGGCUGAGCUCAAGAAGGCCCAAGAGAGCCAGAAGGAGAUGAAGCUGUUACUAGACAUGUACCGCUCUGCCCCCAAAGAGCAGAGAGACAAAGUGCAGCUGAUGGCAGCUGAGAAGAAGGCAAAAGCUGAGCUUGAAGAACUGAGGCAGAGGGUGAAAGAAUUGGAAGACAAGGAAAAAAAGGAGAGUAAAAAGAUGGCUGAUGAGGACGCCCUCCGCAAGAUCCGAGCAGUGGAGGAACAGAUUGAAUAUUUACAGAAGAAACUUGCCAUGGCUAAGCAGGAGGAAGAGGCCCUGCUUUCAGAAAUGGAUGUCACAGGCCAAGCCUUUGAAGACAUGCAAGAGCAGAACAUCCGCCUGAUGCAGCAGCUGCGGGAGAAGGAUGAUGCCAAUUUCAAGCUGAUGUCAGAACGUAUCAAGUCUAACCAGAUCCAUAAGCUGCUGAAGGAGGAAAAGGAGGAGCUGGCAGACCAAGUUUUGACACUGAAAACACAGGUGGAUGCCCAGCUGCAGGUUGUACGUAAGCUGGAGGAGAAGGAACACUUACUGCAGAGCAGUAUUGGAACAGGAGAGAAGGAGCUGGGUCUGCGAACACAGGCCCUGGAAAUGAACAAACGCAAGGCCAUGGAUGCAGCCCAGCUUGCAGAUGAUCUGAAGGCGCAGCUAGAGCUGGCUCAGAAGAAAUUACAUGAUUUUCAGGAAGAGAUUGUGGAAAACAGAGUAACCAGAGAGAAAGAGAUGUUCAACUUCAAAAGGGCUGAGGAAGAUAUUUCUAGGUUGCGCAGGAAGCUGGAGACCACAAAGAAGCCUGACAUGGUUCCCAACUGUGAUGAGAUUCUCAUGGAGGAAAUCAAGGAUUACAAGGCCCGCCUGACGUGCCCGUGCUGCAACAUGCGCAAGAAGGACGCGGUGCUCACCAAGUGCUUCCACGUCUUCUGCUUCGAGUGCGUGAAGACGCGCUACGACACCCGGCAGCGCAAGUGCCCCAAGUGCAACGCGGCCUUCGGGGCCAACGACUUCCACAGGAUCUACAUCGGCUGAGGCGCUCCCAGAGCCUCUGCUGUGCUGAGCCAGCCUCCCUCCCUCUCUGGCAGCUUCUGCCGCCUGAGCUGCAGUGUUCUCUGGGAGGUGCGUUCAGGGUCUUGAGAGAAACGCGCUCUGGAUCUUGCUUCCUUUCCUGGCCCUGUCCCUUUGGUCUUGCCCUCAGUUUUUGUGUGCUCUUUGUGCCCGAGAGGAAAUUUCCCAUCCCUCGCUUUCACUCUGCCAAGGUGGGAACGUGCAUCUGAAGUGCUGCCUUGGGAUGGAAGCUGAGCUGCAGCAGAGAUCAAUGAGAGCUUUAUCUGAGGGCUCUGCUUUGGGUGCUAAUUAAAUCCCAUCAAGGGAUGGCAUUGCUCCUGGGAGGGAAGAGUUUUCCAAUUAGCAGGCCAAAUAGAGGCCAAGGAAUUGAAUCUGUAGACUCCUUGUGUAUCUUCCUGAGUUAGGGCAAGAGCCCCUGAGGGCUGGUGCACUAGGAAACAUCCUCCCUUCCCCAAACAAAUACAUCUAAAUAUCCGAAAGAGGAGAAAGGAGAGGUCUUGGAGACCCUUAGAAAAGAGCGUUCCACUGAUGAGCCCUGGUUGAUGUGCUCACCUUCCCCUAGGCUGAGGCAUUGCUGUCAUUGUCCUUCUCAGAAAAGGACUUCGAGCAGUUCCUUUGCUGCAACUUCUCCACAAAGAUUAAUCUUGUUAUGCAGAAGUUCUUAUUAAAGCUGUUGUUUGGUUUAUUUUUCUUUAUUUUCAAGGUUCUCUUGUCUCUGGUAACUAUCUGUCCUCCCAUACAACAGGAGGGCCAGGAUGCUGUAUUAUUUCUGUAGUAAUUUUGUCAUGGCUGCUGGGAAUUUUGGCAGGGAUGUGGUGUGGCUUAGAGUCUCAGUGCUCCCUGUGCUUGAAGGCUGCUUUUAAAAUCUGCUCCUAAAAUCAAAGUGGGAAAUUGUUGAUUUGCAACUUUGCUUCCUAGGGUGUAGUGUUUUCCCAUAAACUUAAUUUGCAUGGAAGGUGCCCCUGUCAGAGGUUUGUCUCCUGGGUGUCCCUUCCCUGAAGCAUGGAAUCUCCUGCCUUCCUCCAUCCCCUCCCUGCAGGAAAUACCAGAUAAUAAGAAAGGAGUUCAUCACAGGCCCUUACACUAUUCAUUAUUAUCUUGGUGAAAACGUUCAGAAUAUAUGAAUGAAGAAUCCUGAAAAGUGAGAAGGAGCGCUUGGAAGGCAUCCUACCUUUCCAAGGGGAACCUGGGAUGCUGAGAGUUUCUGCCAUGAUGUAAGAGCUGUUGGAAGGAAUGAAAGUAGAACCUGCUCCCCUUUCACUGCAAGCUGCUCCUUGGAUUACAGGUUCUGGCAGCAAGUUGGCUAAAGAAUGGUCUGGUAAUGCUGCUGGUAGAUUUUAGGGUACAAAUUCUUCUUCAUCACAAGCAGGACCAGGCUCAUGAACAAACUGCAUCUUCAAACAGCUUUGCUACAGCAGCAAGAGUUGCUUUUACAGCUGUGAACAGCAGUCUGGACUGAACAGCCCCAGCAGAGCUGCAAAGCCCCUCUGUCCUUCCCUGGUCACUCUUGUAUCACUCUUCUACUGAAACUGAGCUUUGGAUGCACGCUGCUUAGGUUGGCAGGAAAUGGAUACUUCAAACAAUCUGCAUUAGUUUCACAGGAGUUUUGGAAACUCCUCCCUCAGCGAGAAAAAAAGUCUUGGUUUUAUUUUAAAAGAAUAGCUUAUUUCAAGCUCAUUUUGGAAGUGACUGAUUUUCUCUCUGUGGAUAGUAGAAUUCAAACACUGAGAAACAGGGAAAAUUUUAGAUGGUGUGUUUUUCAAGAAUGUAUGGAAAGCAUUUGAAUUUACCAGGACUAGAAGUACUGGGCUAAAAGAAGUAAAGGGGUGACAACCUUUAUCAAAA